AUGAGUGCACAGCAAGCCAGCGCGGUGCAUAAGGAUGAAAAUGGAGUGAAUGUUUACACGGAGCAAGAUAUGAAUGCAAUGUUGUCUCCUGCAGAACGCGAGAAGCUGAUUGAAACUAUGGCACGCGCGCGUAACGUGGUCCGGGCUGAGCACCGACGGCAGCGUCGCAUGUCGCCGAAGGACUCGUAUGCUCCAGCCAAAGUUCCUUGUCCGAAGAAGCCUGAGGGGAACAACUACGUGAAUUACGUGCGCAAUGCAUCGGACCACCGGAUGAAUGAACUCGAGCAAGGUUACAUGCAGCGCCACCGCGAUAAUACGCGGUCAUUGUGGGUUGACUGGCUGAAGAGUGUGGGGCUGGAUGGUGAUGGUGGACUUCCUGGCGGUGCGGAGCAGUUUGUGAGCGAGAACCAGCCAAAAGUCGGCAUUUCCGUGAGUGGCGGUGGUUACCGAGCCAUGCUGGUGGCUUUGGGCGUGUCGCAGGGCUUUGAUUCGCGAAACGAGACGUCCAAGAAUGAAGGGGUUGGCGGCUUUUUACAACUUGCCGACUAUUACGCAGGCUUGUCCGGAGGAUCAUGGGCAACGGGAGCGCAAGCCAUCAAUGGAUGGCCAACGGCGCAGUCUCUGGUUGAUGACAUCAUGGAAUUGUCGUCGAACCUGGUGAAUCCCAAUCAUGACUCACUUUCAUUCUACGAAGACUUGUUCAAAGAUGUCAGCGCUAAGAAGCAUGCCGACUUCCCAAUUUCAAUCAGCGACUAUUGGGGGCGCGCACUGUCGUACCAGCUGAUGAACGACACGCAGUACUCUGAUCAUGGCCAGCGCAUCACAUACUCUGACAUUGUGAACCAAACGGGCUUCAGGGAUGCGACUUAUCCAUUCCCUAUUGUGCUGAGUAUCGGUCGACAGCCUGAUCAGAUCAUGAUUAACCCGAAUGCAACCUACUUUGAGUUUACGCCGUAUGAGUUCGGCACAUGGCAACCAACACUGGAGGCAUUCUUCCCCGUGGGUUACCUUGGUACGGACGUGGUUGACGGAAAUCCCAAAGAUGGGUCUUCAUGUAUUGCGAACUAUGAAAACUUUGGCUACACGGUCGGCACGUCCAGUACGCUGUUUAAUGGUGCCUAUAACAAGCUUUUGGAGAGCAAUUCCACAGGGUUCCUGAAUGAUGUGCUGAAAACGAUUCUUGAGGAUGUGGAUAAGGGCUACAAUGACGUGGCGCCUGUUCCUAACCCAUUUAAGGGCUAUCGUCAGAGCUCAAACCACUUUGUUGACGCGAAGUACAUUGAUCUGGUUGACGGUGGUGAGGCGAAUCAGAACAUUCCUUUGGAGCCACUGUUGCAGCCUGCCCGUGGCUUGGACUUAAUUGUGGCCGUCGAUGCAAGCUCGGACCAGGUUAACUGGCCCAAUGGUACGGCUCUUAUUGAGGUCGAGAAGCGGUCUAACUUGUCGGACUUCUCAUACAUGGCGUUCCCACGCGUACCCGACGCCAGGACGUUUGUGAAUCGCGGAUUUAACACACGGCCAACAUUCUUUGGUUGUGACCCUAACGAUGCCACGAAUGCGAAGACGUCUGUCGGGAAUUCGACGGCCCCUGUCCUCAUUUACCUGCCGAACUACCCGUACUCGGGCUUCUCGAAUUCUAGUACGUUUGAGCUUGCGUACAAUGUCCAUCAUCAGCAUGACAUGCUCGACAAUGCUCGUAACGUUGCAACAAUGGGUGGCCAAAUGGAUAACUGGCCUCUAUGUCUAGCAUGUGCGAGCGCAUUGCGUCCGAUGCAGCGGAGCGGUGCCAAGAUUCCGGACAAGUGCCAGCAAUGCAUGGAUAUGUACUGCUGGGAUGGCAAGUACGAUACAAGUCCAACGCGCAACUACACGCCGCCUGUGGGUCCUCCGCCGUUUGUUACCUCCCACGGUCAGAAGUCGGUCGAGCCGCCUACGACAGGGUCCAAUGAUUCCACUGACACCGACUAUGGCAAAAUUAUCUCAUCGAAGGACAAAAGUGCCGCCGCGCCCAUGGGCGUGUCAUCCGCGGUAUUCACAAGUUUGUUCUUAGCUUCUCUUCUGGCUAUGUUCAUGAACUAG